AUGUCCAGCUCCGCCAAAUCUACCAAAAAUCUUCUAUCCGACAUCGACAGCAUAUUCGACCGCGAAUUCCAGAACCCCUCAGAAGCCUACAAAGCAUACAAUGCAUUAUGGAAUAUCAAUCGCUCCCUAUUCCCAGAUAACAAAGCAUCUCGAAGUGCCAACAGUACGAUUGGCACAUGGGACGAAUCCGACCUUUCCGAAAGGUUCAAAUCGGAUCUCGAAACUUUGGAAUCAACGAUGUCUCAGUUGAAGCCGAAUGUCCAAAGAUCGGAUCGAUGGAGAACAAGAUUAAUUAGUACCGUUCUAAGUAAAGGGUUGAUACAGAUGGAUAAGAAAGUCAGGAAGGAGAACGGGAAGAACGCUAAAUUAUGGAAAGAGAUUUGUAAAGAUCCUAGAGUACAGAGAACGUUAAGCGAGUGCGAAAGCGAAGGCCGUAAGACCAAAGAUGCUUAUUCGGACUAUGAUUCACACGAGGAUAGUGGAUAUCAUACUGAAAGACGCACUAGUAGGAGUGAUUCUGGUAGUGAAGGGUGGUACAGUGACGAUUCAUGGUGA